AUGGCUCCCAUCCGGCGUUACUUGCGCAUCAGCAAAUAUUCGGUCCUGGAAUGUCGCAUCUACACGGAAAAGCCAUCCGAUGCUCGCUGGCUGCUGAACGCCCAAGACCCUGUCUUGCCACGCGUGUUCAAGGCGAUUCGCCCGCUGGUCUUGCCUAGACUGCGCGAGGAGAACGAACGACUGUGGCUGCGAAAGAAGGCCAAGCCAGUGAAGGAUGUCAUCACUGAAGAUGACUUCGAAGUCGGCAUCUUUCUCCGCGAAUCACGCACCCGUCAUUCGCUCCUAACACGUCACAAGAACUUCGAGCAGCCAGAGAAACAGGAGGAUACAGAGGCGCCCUCAGUGCCGGGGAACACAUUGGCAGAUGCAGAGGUCAUUGAGGACAGUGAGGACGAGCCCGUCAUCGACCUGCAGGGUAUCCCUCAGGCGGCCGAUGACGACAUUGCACCAGCAGACAAUCGCUCGUCACGAAGGAGAAGAAGGAGAGUCUCGGCCAAGGUAGAGGAAUCAGAGGAUAUGGACCAGGACAGCGGGGAUGACAAGAAGAUGGGUUUCAGUACACAUUACGAGAGUUUCAACAUCUGUGGCUGGGUGCUCUGUUUGCUCAUCUCGCGCAAAAGCGACAAGGCCGUGAGCCGACCCAGGGCGGACCCCUCAGCACCCAAGCAGCCUCUGAUGGAAGAAUGGAUUUCGACUCAAGCUCAGCCGACCCUGGACGAGGACUGA